ACUCAGCCACAGGAACCUGCAGCAGCAGAGAGGGAGGGAGGGGAGUGAAGGUCAUCACAGUUCAGCUCAUACCUGUAUCCUGACAGCUUCAACCUGUCCUGACAGCAAGACUCAUCAAUAUUAACACCCUCUCACCUUGAAAAAAGAAAAAAAGAAAGAAGGAAGCAGGGAAAACACCACUGCCUGAACUCAAAGAAAAAAGUAAAAAAUAAUAAUAAAAAUCAAGUAAUAAAAGCCACAGCAAGUGUAGAGUUGAAUCUGGUCCUUGAGCAAUAUGAACCAGAUAGAAACAAGUAUGCAGUACAGCUACGAGUAUGAAGAUGAUGAGUAUAUGAUCCAAGAGGAAGAAUGGGAUAGGGACAUGCUCCUGGACCCAGCAUGGGAGAAACAGCAAAGGAAGACCUUUACAGCUUGGUGCAAUUCCCACCUCAGGAAAGCAGGCACACAGAUUGAGAACAUUGAAGAGGACUUCAGGAAUGGCCUUAAACUGAUGCUCCUCUUGGAAGUCAUUUCAGGGGAAAGACUACCAAAACCAGACAGAGGAAAAAUGCGCUUCCAUAAAAUUGCUAAUGUCAACAAAGCCCUGGAUUAUAUCGCCAGCAAAGGAGUGAAACUUGUGUCAAUUGGUGCAGAAGAAAUUGUUGAUGGCAAUGUGAAAAUGACCCUGGGUAUGAUAUGGACCAUCAUUCUUCGCUUUGCUAUUCAGGACAUUUCAGUAGAAGAGACUUCCGCCAAAGAAGGUCUGCUGCUGUGGUGUCAAAGGAAAACUGCUCCUUACAGAAAUGUGAACAUUCAGAACUUCCAUCUUAGCUGGAAAGACGGCCUAGCACUCUGUGCACUUAUCCACAGACACCGACCUGAUCUUAUUGACUACUCCAAGCUAAAUAAGGAUGACCCUCUAAGAAAUAUUAACCUUGCAAUGGAAAUUGCAGAAAAACAUCUGGAUAUCCCUAAGAUGCUGGAUGCAGAAGAUGUAGUAAACACUGCCAGCCCUGAUGAAAGAGCCAUUAUGACUUAUGUUUCCUGUUACUACCAUGCAUUUGCGGGUGCUCAGAAGGCUGAGACUGCAGCUAACAGGAUAUGUAAAGUGCUUGCUGUGAACCAAGAAAAUGAAAAGUUGAUGGAAGAAUAUGAAAGGCUAGCAAGUGAGCUUUUAGAAUGGAUUCGUCGCACGAUCCCUUGGCUGGAAGACAAAACGCCCGAGAAAACAAUGCAGGCCAUGCAGAAGAAGCUAGAGGACUUCCGAGACUACCGCCGCAAGCACAAGCCUCCCAAAGUCCAGGAAAAAUGUCAACUGGAGAUCAAUUUCAACACCUUGCAGACAAAACUGAGGAUCAGCAAUAGGCCAGCUUUCAUGCCAUCAGAGGGGAAAAUGGUUUCAGAUAUUGCUGGCGCUUGGCAGAGACUUGAACAAGCUGAGAAGGGCUAUGAGGAAUGGUUGCUGAAUGAAAUACGAAGACUGGAACGACUUGAACAUCUGGCUGAGAAAUUUAGACAGAAGGCUUCUACUCAUGAAACCUGGGCAUAUGGCAAAGAGCAGAUCUUACUCCAGAAGGAUUAUGAAUCUGCUUCUCUGACUGAACUCCGCGCUAUGUUGAGGAAACAUGAAGCUUUUGAGAGUGACUUGGCUGCCCACCAGGACAGAGUAGAACAGAUCGCAGCCAUUGCCCAGGAGCUGAAUGAACUGGACUUUUACGAUGCUGCAAAUGUCAAUGAUCGAUGCCAGAAGAUAUGUGACCAAUGGGACAAACUGGGAACACUUACUCAGAAAAGAAGAGAGGCACUGGAGAGGACAGAGAAAUUGCUGGAAACAAUUGAUCAGCUUCACCUGGAGUUUGCCAAGAGAGCUGCUCCAUUCAACAACUGGAUGGAAGGUGCUAUGGAAGACCUACAGGACAUGUUUAUUGUUCAUAGCAUAGAGGAAAUUCAGAGUUUAAUCACUGCCCAUGAUCAGUUUAAAGCCACUCUGCCAGAGGCAGACGGUGAGAGACAGGCUAUCCUGUCGAUCCAGAAUGAAGUUGAGAAGGUUAUUCAGAGUUACAACAUCAGAAUAAGUGCAAGCAAUCCUUACAGCACCAUCACUAUGGAUGAAAUCCGUGCCAAGUGGGAUAAGGUGAAACAACUUGUGCCCAUGAGGGAUCAAUGUUUGCAGGAGGAGCUAGCCCGUCAGCAUGCUAAUGAACGUCUGCGUCGCCAAUUUGCUGCUCAGGCCAAUGUCGUUGGGCCAUGGAUCCAGACCAAGAUGGAGGAAAUUGCCCGCAGCUCUAUUGAGUUGACAGGGACCUUGGAGGACCAGAUGAAUCAACUGAAGCAGCAUGAACACAAUAUCAUCAACUACAAAACCAAUAUUGACAAAUUGGAAGGAGACCAUCAGCUUAUACAAGAAGCCCUGGUGUUUGAUAACAAGCACACAAGUUAUACUAUGGAGCAUAUCCGUGUUGGAUGGGAACUCUUACUGACCACCAUUGCCCGAACUAUCAAUGAGAUUGAGACGCAGAUCCUUACAAGAGAUGCCAAGGGUAUCACCCAAGAACAAAUGAAUGAAUUCAGAGCAUCGUUCAAUCACUUUGAUAGGGAUGAAUCUGGCCAUCUACAGCCUGAUGCAUUUAAAGCCUGCCUCAUCAGUCUAGGACAGGUUGGAAAUGACCUACAGAAGAAGAAUGGGCUGAUGGACCAUGAUGAUUUCAGAGCUUGCUUAAUUUCAAUGGGUUAUGAUUUGGGUGAGGCAGAGUUUGCCCGAAUUAUGUCCCUGGUUGAUCCCAAUGGGCAGGGAACUGUCUCUUUCCAGUCCUUCAUUGAUUUCAUGACCAGAGAGACUGCGGACACAGACACAGCUGAGCAAGUCAUAGCUUCUUUCAGAAUCCUAGCUUCAGAUAAGCCUUAUAUUCUUGCCGAGGAGCUGCGGAGAGAACUGCCUUCUGAACAAGCUCAGUAUUGCAUCAGAAGAAUGCCUGCCUACUCUGGUCCAGGUGCUGUUCCUGGAGCUCUGGAUUAUACCUCAUUUUCAUCAGCAUUGUAUGGAGAAAGUGACCUGUAAUUCACUAAUUGGCUGUACUCAUUGUCUGCAUUGGAAAAAACAACAACCCUGAUUUCCCAGUUUGCUUCUUGAAAGCUUUGACAAAAUGAUUUAAAAAUGAUUUUUACUAAUAUAGUAGGUACAUUCAGUGUCGAAUAUUAGGAAUGCAAAUAACUAGCAUAUAUUUCAGUGUGCAGCACUAGUAGGUAUCUGAAUUGAUGGUAUUAGUUUAUCUGGCCUAUAUAUUAUUAAAAUGUAUUUUAAAGAAAAGAUGAAUCACUAAUUUAAAAAAUAUAUUAAAUUUGAGACCCAUUCAGAUAAAAGAAAUUAAAGCUUGUGAAAAUAGAAACUAUCAAGACUAACAAAAUAUUUUGCCAUUUUCAAAAAUUCUUCAUCCCAUAUAUCCUGCUUUUACUAUGUUCAUAGAGCUCCAUGUUAGAAGUCAUACUUUUUUCUUUCAUAUAAAAAUAUUACUUUACAGAUUUUAUGGUUUUAUAUGCUUCCACAGGUGGAGUUUAAUAAAAUAAACAAUGCAACUUUUCAGAGAAGAAAAAUACCCAUCAAGUAAAAUACUUAACCACUAAAAUAAUCCCAAACUGUAUUUUUAUAUCUUUUAAAGGUUGUUUUCUAUUAACACAGAGCUGUAACAUCAGAAGCAUAAUCCUGCAAACUCAUAAUAAUUAUAAUCGUAAUACCUUGUAAUAAAUCAACAAGCAGUACUUUUCCUUUUAAGCCUUUUACUUUGCAACUGAGAGAGCAAAACUUUCACAAUCAGGAAAUAGUAAGGAAGCUAAUACAUGUAAGUUGUAUUAUUUUGAAACCCUCAGUCAUGUCUAUUUUGAAUAGAUUCUUUGUUUUCCACUGUGUGAAAGCCAGUUCUUUGUUUUAGUGAACAACCUGCAUCAUCCCACGAGAUGCAAAAUCCUAUCUGAACUAGCUGAGUAUGGUUGUGUUGCAGUUUUAACUGUAUGUCACAUACAGAAUUCAGAUUAUAGUUUGUCUUCACUUCUGUUGAAUGGCAGUUCUGCUACCAUAUGCUAGUUUGUUUUACCGGAGUCAUGCUUCCAUCUUGACAACCUGUAGAGAAGUAAAGCAAUCACUUUUUUACUUGAAUCUUAACUGACACUGAAAAAUGCAAUGUAACCAAACAAAACAUUCACAAAUGGUGAAGUUGUGAACUGUACAAUCCAGUGCUACUAAAGCAAUGAUGUGCCUACUAAAUAAACUCUGCUUUUCAAAACUUCA